UUUUAUAAUUUAAACAAAUUUUAAAUUAAAUAAAAAAUACAUUUUACAAUGUUACCAUGCGAGGUUAGGAACAUUUAGUUCUUAUGGUUAACCUCCCUGAUCAAUUUUUUCCUUUGAACCAAAUUGUUAUUUGUGAUUGUAAUUCAAACAAAAACAAAUAAAUGACAUUAUUCAAUCUAAGAAUCUAAUAUGGAUAUAAUAAUAUUUGCAUUUAUAGAAUAAUAUUUAAUAUUCUUACUUAAGAAAAGUAAUAUAAGAAAAAAUAAUGUCACUAUGAUUCUCCCAACAUAUAAACUGUCUUUAUUCCGGAUGCAACGAAAUUAUUUCUAACUUCCUGUAAAGAAGCAGACAGGCAUAUUGCAGAUAUUGUUUAGUUUACAAUAGAAUCUUAUUUUUACACAGUGUUCAAUAAACUUGACUUAUUGAUAAGCAAUAUUUAAUAAUAAUUUGUUAAUUGAAUUGGUUUUUUAUAAAUAAAAUGAAGUUUAAUCCAUAUACAGGUGUAACCUGGUCUUUAUUAGAAUUAGAAGGUCUUUUAGAAGAUGAAAAUUCACAAGUACAUUAUGAACGUAUGAAAAAGCAUCUUGCAUUACAUCCAUUUCAUUUGAAUGAUCUUAGCAAAGCAUUACAUGAAAUACUGAGUUCUGGCUUGAACACAUAUGAUAACGAGUUAAAAGGUUUUCUUUUGGCUUAUAAGAAUCCUAAAUUACUGACUACACUUGGAGGUGUAUUUUAUGACUCAUAUUUUAUUCAUAUCGAUAUUGAAGCAGACUUUUAUGUAUUUAGACCACAAGUUGGUAAUUUAUUAAAAGGUAUUGUUCAUAAAAAGGGAGCUAAUUACAUUGGUGUGCUUAUGCACAAAACUUUUAAUGUAUCCAUUUUUAGACCAGAAAAUGGUGAAAAAUGGCCAGGUGAUGUGGUGAAUAUUGGUCAAGAGGUUAAAUUUGAAGUUACAUAUUUGGAUAUUAAUAGUAGAUUACCAUUCAUUCGAGGAACAUUCAAUCAAACCGACUAUCUACAAGGUUGUAAAUUACCUUUGCACAGAAUUACUAAUGGAUCAUUUUAUGAAGCUAAUGAAAGUGAUGAUACUGACAGUUCGAAUGCAGUGAAACAACAAUCUAGGAAUAAGAAAAAGAAAAAAUCGAAAGAAACAAAUGAAGAUGUAUUUUCCGAAGAACAACUUGUUACGAAAGUAAAAAGAAGUUUUAGCAACGAUGAUACAAGAAAUGAAGAUAGUUCAAAGCAUUCGAAGAAAAAGUUGAAAACAUUGGAAGAAUCAACGAAUGAAACAGAAAAGGAAUAUGAACAUUCUGAUAUUUCUCAUCACGAGGGUAAUUAUUUGAAUGACGAUGAAACGUCUAUUAAGAAAAAGAAAAAACGUGACAAAAGUUUGAAAAAAAAAAAUGUUUCCAAUUCUGAAAGCGAAUCAAAUGUUCACGUUAAGAAAUCAAAGAAACAUUCUAAAAAGGCUAAAGAUUCUACUGAUGAAAAUYUAAAUGGUAAUAAUGUAUAUUCUGAAACACAAGAAUUAGAAAGUGAAAGAUAUUCUAAUAACGAAUUUACAACACCAAUUAAAUCAGAGAAAUUAUCCAAGUCAAAUAAUAUCAAAGAAGAAUCUCCAAAUCAUAGACAGAAAUCAUCUAAUAAACGAAUCAAAAAAUCUUCAACAGAUUCUGAAUCAGAAUUUGGUAAUAAUGUUACAAUUAAAAUUGAAAAAUCUAACAAAUCGGAAAAUUCCCAAGAAAGUAAUAAAGAAGUAAAUGAUUCACAGAUAGAAUUAGAAGAAACACAAAUAAAAACAGAAAAGCGUAAAAUAAAAAAUGAAUUUAUUCAUGAAGAUGUUAAAUAUUUAUUUUCACACGAACCAACGAUUAGUAAAGCACGCAAGAAACGUUCUAAAAAUGAAGUUAACAAUGAAGAAGAUGUAAAACCUUUUAAAAAAAGUAAAUUAGAUGAUUCUAUAUCGGAUGAAAGUAAUAUUUAUUCUACUCCUAAGAAACGUUCGAAAAAAUCUGAUGAAACAACAAAUACAGGAUUUUUACCUAACAAUGUAAGAAUUAAAGUUGAAAGAUCGUCAUCAGUUGAAAGUUAGAAUGUAUGUAUGUAUAUAAGCAUGAUUUUGUAUAUAUUAUUAUUAUCUAUGUACAUAACAAUAUAACUGGACCAUUUUAAUAAUAAAAAUUUGUUAAUUUGUAAAAUCAUAAAUUAAGGUGGUCCCUAUUUUAUGUAUUUUUCAAUUUGGAUGUGUCCAGAGGCUCAUAUGAUAUAAAAUGAAUAAACAAAAAAUAUUC